CUCUCUCUGUGUCCCUGCAGGAGUAAGUCCUUCGUGUUCUGUGCUCUUUACGCCGCCCUGGUGUUGGUGGGGCAGAACUACAUGAGGCCUCGUCCCAGACUGAACCUGCGGCUGCCGCUCGUCCUCUGGUCGCUCAGCCUCGCUCUCUUCAGCAUCAUCGGUGCGGUCCGUACCGGUUCCUACAUGUACCACAUCCUGAGCUGCAGUGGUUUCAGGAGUUCCAUCUGUGAUCAGAGUUUCUACAGCGGACCGGUCAGCAGGUUCUGGGCGUACGCCUUCGUCCUCAGCAAAGCUCCGGAGCUCGGCGACACAGCGUUCGUCGUGCUCAGGAAGCAGAAGCUGCUCUUCCUCCACUGGUAUCACCACAUCACCGUGCUGCUGUACUCGUGGUACUCUUACAAAGACAUGGUGGCCGGCGGCGGCUGGUUCAUGACGAUGAACUACACCGUGCACGCGCUCAUGUACAGCUACUACGCGGUGCGCGCCGCCGGCCUGCGCGUGCCGCGGCCCUUCGCCGUGCUCAUCACCAGCGCUCAGAUGGCUCAGAUGGCGAUGGGGCUGACGGUGUGCGGGCUGGUGUACGGCUGGAUGCAGCAGGGCGACUGCCACUCACACGUCAACAACAUCGUGUGGGCGUCGCUCAUGUACCUCAGCUACCUGCUGCUCUUCUCCAACUUCUUCUACCACACCUACCUGCGCCGCCACGCCCCCACCAAGACUGAGUAGGAGGGGCCUGGAGGCAGGACACGAGUGACGUCAGAUGAACAAACGUGAGGAAACACGAGGCCACGUGUCAUCAACAUGACAUCAUCAUGUUCGUUCUCUGAUCGAUCAGCCAAACACUGUUUUGAACAAUCGCAUAAAACAACAGUUUUAUUUUGAGUUUUAAAGAAUUGAUCAAAAAUCUAUAAAUUAGACCAAUGAAGGCAUCUGAUUGGCUGCUGGACGAGUUCACGACGUCUCCUCUGUAUUAUUGUGCUCAUGUAGCUCAUGUUGCUCAUGUUGCU